AUGCAACAGUCAGUGUCUCUGGCUCUUGAGGAGACUGAUCCUGGAUCACAGGCUGAUCCUGGGUCAGAGGUGAGGCUGGACCAGGAGGACGGAGUCUCCACGCUGAAACACAAAGUGAAGCUCCUCUGCACCUACCUCCAGCAGAGGAUGAGGUCGCUGCGUGCUCUGGUCCAGGUGCAGGGGGAGUUCGAGGCCAGCGUGGAGGAGAUGCUGGAGGGCGUGGCCGGCCUCUGGGCUCAGCUGGAGGAGCUGCAUACCGGGGUCACUCUCACCAAGGAGGGGGGGGAGGACCAGGGAGACGUGGCCCUGGCCCGGACCGACGCUGAGAAUUUAUUUGCAGUCCUGAGUCACUACAGGAGCCGACUUCAGUGCUGCCAGACUCACCUGAGGGACGGCACACGGCAGCUGCAGGAGUUAACGUGGAGUCACACUCACAUCAGCCACAGGGUGAGCAGCCGCAGCGAGUCCGUCUGGCCCGAGCUGCUGCUGCAGACCAACAUCGAGCAGUUUGACAAGGUGCAGGAGAGUUUCUUCUCCUUGGAACAACAGACCUCCACGUUCCAGGCCCACCUGGAGGGCCUCAGGAAGGCGGACCAGGAAGGACACGUGAGGCCCCUGGCUGGUUCAGGUCCAGCCUCACCACAGGGGUCCCCAGGUCUGGGACACACAAGCGAUUCAUCACUGGAGCCUUGUUCCACCUCCGUCUCCUCGAUGGAAACAGACCUGGAGGACGACAAUCCUCUCUCCCUCUGCGAGAGGUCGGCUCUGACCUUCUCCUCUACUAUCGGACGCCUGCGGAAAUCUGGAAAGAGGAAAUGAUUUGUUUUUUAUCAAAAUGUGCUUGUGUGUGUUAAAC